CACCAGUCUUGGCCAGAGAAAAACCGGGUAGACCAGAACAGCUCCCAUGGACUUCGGUGGCUUUCCGGGCGGUGCCCGUGGCCCCAGCCACUCGAGUCAUGCGGAGCUGGCGCAGCUUCGGGCGCGGCUGGCCCAGGACGAGAGGAGGUUCCCGAGGAGGGCGAAAAACAGGGCGAUAACGAGGGAUGUUUGCGAGUUCAUGAAAAGAGAUUCCAAUACAUUUUGGAGAUUCCAGAUCCACAUCGCAAGAGAGAUGACAUGCUUCGCAAGGCAAGGGCCUUCUAAAGCUGACUCUACAGAACUUGAUAGACCUUCUGUACUGGAGAGCAACCUCUGAACCCCCCAAGAAAGACCCCAGAACCAGCUGGCACUGCCAAUUUCACCCAUUGAGAGUUGCCAUAAUACUUCACCCAAUACUUCACCCCAUCGCCGACCCACAAGUACCUCGUUUCCGCUGGGCCGCUGCACCACAUGGCCCGUCGCAGAUCGUCGGCCGGCUUUCGGCGUCGGCUCGUCGACCGAGUCUGGCCGCUUUCGUCGGCGCGGCGGCGUGGCCGGGUUUUGGAGGAGGAGCGUGCUAUCGCGCACUUCAAGCACAAAGGGCCUACGGAGCUUUGGAGCUUUAUGCCUUCCGAUGGCCAACCACUGAACUUGAGGGUGGCACCACAUCUGGAUGCAGCCCACACAGGUCAUGUCUUGGCUCCAGGCGACCGCUUCGAGGUGGCGGAGAAAUCCUUUCAUGACGAGGUCACCUACCUGCGGCUGCGCGACGGCCGCGGUUGGGCCUUCGACGGGAAGCCGGUGCUGCGCUCGGGCUGGUGGCCCUUUGCCUCAGGAAGCGAGAAGAUGGUCCUGUGCGUGCCAGUGCACCAGCAAGUGCAUCAAGGUUUGAUGCAUUCAGGACCGCCUCCUGCAGCUGCUCCAGCUGCUCCAGAGCCGCCGGCGCCGGCGCUCCUGGGCCGCACGCUGCCGCGGGAGCCGCAAGUACUGAAGAGCGACGUGCCCAGCGUGUUUGCGCCGAGCGGAGCAACGAGCGCGGUGGAGCCUUCUCCAGACUCUCCAAAGGUGGAAAAACCCAAGCUUCAUGUGAGAGUGCAGCGUGCACAUGCCUUGAGAAACAUGGACUUUGGAAGCUUCUUCGGCAACAAGUCGGAUCCCUACGUGGUGGUGCGCUUCGGCGCCGAAGAGAAGAAGACGCCUGUGAUCGACGACAAUUUGGAUCCAGUGUGGAGCGAUGGAAGCAACUUCGCUUUCCUGGUGCCUGACGAAGCUCCCAAGUUGAUCGAGCUGGAGGUCUUCAACUCCAACACCUUCGUGGAUGACAGCCUGGGAAAGACCUCCAUCGUGUUUAGCACCUUAAAGCCCGACGGCCGCUGGCUGCAUCGCCGCGAUCCCCUGCUUGGGAAGUCAAUGGUGGCACCUGCGGAAGGUGAACUGGAGUAUGAGGUGAUGCUGGAUGCGAAGACCGGCGCGCGGACGGUGGACCGCCGCGUGCGUGCGAGUGGUCCUGGGCAGCCACCCCCACCGCCAGAGGACCUUGAGCCUGGACUUUACAAGGUGGGUUUGCGUUUCCCCCUUGAGCCUGGACUUUACAAGGUGACCAUGAGCACGGCAGUCUACCGAAGCUCUACCAAGUGCAACGAUCGGGAGGUGGUGGCGCACGUGACUGCAGGGCAGCAGGUGAAGGUGGAGGAGGUGCUCAACUGCUUGUCCGAAGAGCGGGUCCGUGGGCACAUCACAGAGCCAAGAGGGUGGAUCCCUCUCCUGGAUACUCGCGAUGGCUUCCGUUGGGCAGCACCCGUGGUUCAGCAAAAGUACCUGGUGGACAACACAUGGUUGAAGUCUCCCUGUGGUGGGUUGGCCUACCGCUUCAGCAAGGAGGUCCAGAAUAAGGAUGAACGCCCAGGUGAGCAGGGUGGUGCACCUUGGAACUCCAUGGUCAUCGGUGAAGACCAGGGUGAUGGCUGGCUCAAGGUGGCGGAUGGCCGGCUCCUGCCAAUGAGCAUGAAUGGCGUUCCAGUGUUGAAGCCUUUGGCAGACGCAGACGGCUCCCCCGAUGAGGUGGCGCAAGCAGAGGAGGAGCUCGACAGGUUGUACAGAGAGCUGAACCGACGCAUGGAAGGAGUCUCCGGAAGCAUCUGAGAUGGAGAUCGCUCAAUCGGGG